UCCGUAAAACAGCUGCGUCAGGCUUGGGGCAGGGCUAGAUGAUAUCCGGUCCAAUGUAUUUUAGAAUUAUAUAAACAGCAAUUGUGAGAACUCCAAGGAUCUGGAUUAUUAUGGAAUCUGGGCUAAUGUGUGAUAUACCGAUCGAGAUACCGUAUUGAGCCAGCGACGCUAAUAAUUCGUCGAGCACGUUUUUUAUCAUUCUUCCCGCUUAACUCGUAUAAUAGAAUUAAAAUAAUGCCCAGAUUCGGAUAUCUGCUACUGCUGGUGUGCCUUUCGUUCGAUAUGGUUUACUCUGACACUGGAACUUCCGUUGGCAAAGAACCACCAGCCAAUACCCAGACGACCAACCCCGUUAGACGUAAUGCCACAAAUCAAAUCGCUUCUUCCACGAUCCCUUCCAAAAACCAAAGUUCGACGAAUGUCUUGGCACCACCAAAGCCGACCGCAUCCAACGGUAAGAGCAGUAAAAUUUAGUUCCACAAACAGUACAUUCGGAAUUUUCGUUUUAGGCUCAGAAACCAGGUUCCUGAACACCAGUGCUUCCGCAGCCAGUGGAAGCAGUCGCCCUGGUGGCAACAUUCUGUUAGGCCGGCUUGAUAUCACCGUACCAAGUUUUUUUCCGUUCCGUACGGCAGCUUUCAAAUUCAGAUGUUCAACACCACUUCACUGACUUCACAUCCAGUCUUAUAUUACGCUCCGGCCGUGACUCUCCUCCCAGAUGCCACGGAAAUCAUGCUCGACACCGAAACCGGAGCCAACUGUCUCUUCGUCGAAAUAAAGUUGUGGGAUAAACCAUACUUAACAGCUAUCCAGGAUUUCGUACGGGCACAGGAUCCACAGACUACGAUUUCUCUGAUCCCGUUCAAAUGGAUCCUGGUGGAAUAUUCGGCGAACGGUUUUACCAGAAGUAUCAAGAACAGUUCGUGGCAGCCCAUUGCUAGCAUGCCGCCAACAGUGUCGCUGUGCAUCCGUUGUCCCACACCGGCUGCUUGCAACGAAACCAAGACGGCCAUUCAAACCGACGGCGCGCGUUUUGCACCGCAUCUGUUCGUGUCGUUCGCUACGCAGGCGCCAAUUUCACGAAAAGUCCCUUUCUGUAUCGAUAAGAAAGGUCUUCCGUAUAACGCCAUUACCAGCAGUGUAAUCGAGCGUUCGGCCUUCCAAAAUUACACCUUCAUCCGGCCCAGUGAUUAUGCCAAUUUCGUUCAAAGGUUUGUUGGGGAUGUGGUUGAAAAAAGCCUGGGAACGAAUGAGUUCGUGGACGCUGAUGAAAUAGACAAACUCAUAAGCCAAACAUAUUCAUUGUUUCCCUAUAAUGCAACAACAACCGCGAAUUUUACCGACGCCAUGUGGGCGGCCUUGUACUGGGACGAUAAUGAUAAUGAAAGACCGGAUAAGAAAGCCCGACGAGUACAGAGUGUUCUAGGUAAUGGAAAUGCCUGGUUGCAGCGAACUAUGGAAGAGAACGCUGCUGCGGACAGUCGCAAUGAUUCGCUAAGAUCGGAGAACUCUCAAUCCCUAUCCAAAGCGUUGGAUGAGCUGAAAUCGCCGACUAGCGGGAUUUACUGGAGUGGCGAUCGGAUAUUAAUCAAACCGUUUGCACUGUAUCGGGUUAGUUUGGAAGCGUUCCGUCAGAAAACCCCACUGUGCAGUGGGAGCAUUCAUAUUACGAGCAGCACUGCCGAAUAUACGGUCACCGCGAACACCGAUAAUGGAUUAUCGAAUGCAGAAACAUCGCCACCCGUUUCUGCAAACCAACUCUGUCAACCUGAUGUCGCCAUUGAUCGACCCACGUUCGGAUAUACCACGGUACAAUGGCAGAGUCGCCGGGCUGACAAUCUAUGGGCAUUUUCCAAUGAAGAUAUCCUGGUGACCCUGCGAGACGCCAGCGAUGAACCAUUCAAUCAAACUAUCGUAACCACCAGCGAUCUCUCGGGUGAAUUUAACCUAACUCUACCCCGAACCACGGGCUACAGCAUUCUUUUCGAAGCAUUCGGAUAUGCUCCCAUUAUACUGCGAAACUUCUCCCACUUCUUCCGUUUAGGCAAAGAGAUUUUCAUGGAACCCCUUAUUUUUGCUCCAAAAGAGUUUAACGGGUUCGGAAAAAUAGGAGGAAGCAUACGUCUGGUCAGUAUUAACGGCGCUACUUCAGGUUCCGGGAUUGAAGUACAAGUGCGAUAUGGUCUGAAUAAUUACAAGGGUCCGCUUGUGGCGAACACAACCACCAACACCAAUGGCACGUGGUCGAUAGCAUUACCGGGAGGCCAUUACACAGCUAGAGUGAAGGCACCUGGAGACCAGUACAUGGCACCAGCGUUUAGUGUAGUAGUAGUUCCUGGACGCGAUAGCUUCCGUGACUGGGCGAUGACACCAGGGUUGCUGAACGGGGACAUCAGAAUUAUCCUACGAGGAACUGGAUUUGGCACGUACGAUGUUAAACUGCUGGUGUCCGGACCGCUGCAGGACAACAGCGCCCAACGGGUGGAGGUGAGAGAGAACUCCACUAUUAGCGCGGACAAACUGAUGGUUUACUACCAUAUGGACGCGAUCUUCAGCACUGUCAUUAUUCGGAAGCAGCUGACCGGUGUUUAUCGAAUACAAGUCUAUGAAACUAAUGCGAUGCAGUCAAAACCGGCUUCGCAAUGGAUGCUAGCCAACUCGCAAGCCUCAGUGCAGAUCUAUCGUGGUGAUACACUAUGGGCGCAAUAUUUCGUACCGAUCAAAACCGGUAACAAUUGGACUGUUGCGGAAAUCAGCGGGUUGCGCCUUACUACUGUAAAUGAAAUGAGCACCGUCAAGCAGUCUUAACCGACUCUUAAGGAUCAACGAGGAAGCGUGUCUUUCGAGUGAAAGCAUUAACAUUUCGCAACGAUGUUUUUUAUAUCCAAUGUAAUGUAUGUAGCCGAUUUUGUUGUAACUCUUUAUAAGAUCGGCCUCUUGUCCCACAAAUUUAUGAAAUGUAGAUUCUCAUCUAU